AUGAAGAGUCUCCUUUCCCCUUCCUCCAGGCGCAGGGAAAGCCUGAGGACGCUGCUGAGCGAUGAGGCGAGCAGCCGCGAGGAGGAGAUGGAAGGGCUGGGGCUGAUGGCGAUGUCGCUGGUGGAGGAGGAUCAUGGGGAGGAGGGAGGGGAGGGUCUCCCCUCGCACCUCUACAUCCUCGUGCAUGGCUUCAACUCCCGCGCCGAGCACCUCAACUACGUGGCCAAGGAGAUGGCGAACAGGCUGGGGCCCUCGGCUGCGGUUUACAGCUCCUUCUGCAACGAAGCCAAGGCGCUGGAGAAGAUGGUGACAGGGCUGGCGCUGUAUGGCGGGAGGAGUGCGAAACAGCUGUUCCUUGUCGACCAAGGUGAAAGAGUUGUGCAUUACGCGAAUGGAGAGAGCGAAGAAGAGAUGUGA